AUGCCUAUUCCCAAGGGAGGCCCUGCUCUGCUGUGGAUGGCAUUGCUGCUCUUCUCUCUAGAGGGCAUGUCAGCAGAUGCCUCGAAACCUACGGUGUCCUUGAACCCGCCAUGGAAUAGAAUAUUGAAAGAGGAUAAUGUGACUCUUAUAUGUUAUGAGAACAACUCCCUUGAAGUCAACUCCGCUGUGUGGACCCACAACAACAUCAGCUUGGAAGAGACAUCUUCACGUUUGAACAUUGUGAAAGCCCAAAUCCGGGACAGUGGGGAAUACAGGUGUCAGAACAAUGGAUCCACCCCAAGUGAACCGAGUGAACCUGUGUACCUAAGAGUCUUUGCAGAGUGGCUGCUCCUUCAAGCCUCUGCUGAGGUGCUGAUGGAGGGUGAGUCCUUCCACAUCAGGUGCCAUAGUUGGAGGAAUUCGAACAUCUCAAAGGUGACCUACUACAGGAAUGGCAUAGCCCUCAAGUACAAGUAUGAUAACUUUGACAUGCCCAUUGCCAAUGCCACAAUAAGGGACAAUGGCAGCUAUUACUGCACGGCCUGGAUUCAGAGGAUAAAUCACACCUCUGGCCCCCUCAACAUUAUUGUGAAAAAAGAUUCCUCCAACCGGAAUAGUCACCGAAGCAAAUACUCCUGGCUACAAUUUCUGAUCCCAUUGUUGGUGGUGAUUCUGUUUGCUAUAGACACAGGACUGUUUAUCUUGACCCAGCAACAGUUGACACUGCUCUUGGAGACUAAGAGGACCAGGAAGAGCAAAAAGCCAGACCCCAAAAAGAAUUGA